CGAGGUCACACCACACACUGAUCUUUUCCCGCCAAUUCUAUCAUUUUUUGCAGCAUAAACAAAUUCCGAAAUUAGCAACUUAAACCUGCCCAAAUGUCCGAUUCACCCUCUGGUCCGCGUGUCAAGCGACAGCGAAUAGACAAAAAUGGUCGCUUCGCUGCUCUGGAGAAACUGCGCAAAUUGAAGGGCACCAAGAACAAAUGCGAGGUGGAUGAGGAGGUGGACAAUGUGUACGAGGUUGUGGAUGAGCGGGAGUACGCCAAGAGGGCGCAGGAGAAGUACGGCGAUGACUGGAUCGAAGAGGAUGGCACUGGCUAUGCGGAAGAUGGUCGCGACUUUUUCGAAGACGAAGACGACUACUCCGAUGAGGGCGGCGACAAGAAGGACACCAAGAACAAGCAGAAGAAUGCGGGCAACAGCAAGAAGCGGCGGCGGGAGAGCGAAAAGCCAGCGAAGGGCAAGGCCUCCAUCAAGAAUCUCUUCAGCAAUGCGGUGCCCAAGAAGACGGACAUAAAGACCAGCGUCAAGGAUGAUGAUAUCCUGGCGGACAUUCUCGGGGAAAUGGAUGAGCCAGGUGUGGCGCCCAGCAAGGAGGAGAAGGUGAUUGCCCCAGCCAAAAUCGUGUCUGCGACACGCAAAUCGGAGGCCGCCGCCGCCAAGGACUACAUGAACAGCUUCCUGAACCACAUCAAGAUACAGGAGCAGGAGCGCAAGAAGGCCGAGGCCAGCAGCGAUCAUGAAAUGUUGGAGCGCAUCCUCAAGCCCAACAAGAAGGUUGCCGCUGAAGCGUCGCAGCCCUCCGCUGUGGAAGUCAAGCAGGAGCCAGCGGCUGCCACAGAGGAUCCCUUUCCCGACAACGACAUGGAUUUCAGUUGCCUGGACGACGACGAGAAUCAGUUUGAAGUGGAAAAGCCCAAAGGGGCGGACAAGCCAGAGCCCGCCUGCAGCCCGCCGCCAAAGGGGGAGCAGCCCGAGGACAUGAGCAAGCUGCUGAGCAACUGGGAGUCCAUCUGCCAAAUGGACGACGACUUUGAGAAGUCUGCGCUGACAGGCGAACAGGAGACGGCCAUUUCGUCCGAGCAGCAGCUGCGCUUCUGGUGUUGGGAGGCCUACGAAGAUCCACAGAAAGUGCCCGGCGAGGUGUUCCUCUUCGGGCGCACGGCGGACGGCAAGUCCGUCUGCGUGCGCGUACAAAACAUCAAUCGAGUGCUGUAUCUGCUGCCCAGACAAUACCUGCUGGAUCCCAUCACCAAGGAGCCCACCAAGCAAAAGGUGACCGUGGCGGACAUCUACAAGGAGUUUGACAGCCAAGUGGCCAGCGAGCUGAAGCUGGAGACCUUCCGUUCGCGGAAGGUGAGCAAGAACUUUGCCAAUCACGCCAUUGGCAUCGAUGUGCCGCAGACCUGCGACUACCUGGAGGUGCACUACGACGGCAAGAAGCCAGCGCCGAAUGUGGCCAACAAGAAGUACGACUCGAUAGCGCACAUCUUCGGUGCCAGCACCAAUGCCCUGGAGCGUUUCCUGCUGGAGCGCAAGAUCAAGGGUCCCUGCUGGCUGCAGAUCAGCGGCUUCAAGGCGCCACCAGCGCUGAUGAGUUGGUGCAAGACGGAGCUGAUUGUGGCGGAGCCGAGGAACGUGGAGCUGGUGCAGGACAAGGGCAAGCCAGCUGCGCCGCCAGCGCUAACGCUGCUCGCACUGAACGUGCGCACCUCCACAAACCCAAAGACAAUGAAGAACGAGAUCUGCAUGAUCUCCAUGCUGACCCACAAUCGGUUCUGCAUCGACAGGCCGCCGCCACAGCCCGCCUUCAACCGGCACAUGUGCGCCCUGACGCGUCCGGCGGUGGUCAAUUGGCCCUUCGACCUGAACAUCGAGCUGGCCAAGUACAAGUCCACGAAGAUCUACAAGCACGACUCGGAGCGGGCGCUGCUGAGCUGGUUCCUGGCGCAGUAUCAGCAGAUCGACGCCGAUCUGGUGGUCACCUUCGAUGCCAUGGACUGCCAGCUGAACAUAAUCACCGACCAGAUUGUGGCCCUCAAGAUACCCCAGUGGUCGCGCAUGGGUCGCCUGCGCCUGAAGGAUUCGUUUGGCAAGCGUCUGCUCGACCACUUUGUGGGGCGCAUGGUGUGCGACGUGAAGCGUUCCGCGGAGGAGUGCAUUCGGGCGAGGUCCUACGACUUGCAGGCGCUCUGCCUGCAGGUGCUCAAGCUGCAGGAGUCGGAGCGCAUGGAGGUGAAUGCCGACGACCUGCUGGAGAUGUACGAGCGGGGCGAGAGCAUCACGAAGCUCAUCUCGCUGACCAUGCAGGACACCUCGUACAUGCUGCGCCUCAUGUGCGAGCUGAACAUCAUGCCGCUGGCCCUGCAGAUCACAAACAUCUGCGGCAACACCAUGACGCGCACCCUGCAGGGCGGUCGCUCCGAGCGCAACGAGUUCCUGCUGCUGCACGCCUUCCACGAGAAGAACUACAUUGUGCCCGACAAGAAGCCGCAGCGUGGCCGUGCCGCCGAUCCCGAUGCCACCUUUGCCAGCGAUGCCACGGCGCUGCCGGCACGCAAGAAGGCCGCCUAUGCCGGCGGACUGGUGCUGGAGCCGAUGCGCGGCCUCUACGAGAAGUUUGUCCUGCUGAUGGACUUCAAUUCGCUUUACCCGAGCAUCAUCCAGGAGUACAACAUCUGCUUCACCACCGUCCAGCAGCCGGCGGACGCCGACGAGCUGCCCACGCUGCCCGAUGCCAAAACGGAGCCGGGCAUCCUGCCGCUGCAGCUGAAGCGACUCGUGGAGUCGCGCCGCGAGGUGAAGAAACUGAUGGCUGUGCCGGAGCUGUCGCCGGAGCUGCAGAUGCAGUACCACAUCAGGCAGAUGGCGCUCAAGCUGACGGCCAACUCGAUGUACGGCUGCCUGGGCUUUGCCCACUCGCGCUUCUUCGCCCAGCACCUGGCCGCUCUGGUGACGCACAAGGGCCGGGAGAUACUCACCAACACGCAGCAGAUGGUGCAGAAGCUCAACUACGACGUGGUCUACGGCGACACGGACUCGCUGAUGAUCAACACGAACAUCACGGACUACGACCAGGUGUACAAGAUCGGGCACAGCAUCAAGCAGAGCGUGAACAAGGUGUACAAGCAGCUGGAGCUGGACAUCGACGGCGUCUUCUCGUGCCUGCUGCUGCUCAAGAAGAAGAAGUACGCCGCCGUCAAGGUGAGCAAGACCUCGAAGGGUGUCCUCAAGCGCGAGCAGGAGCACAAGGGCCUGGACAUUGUGCGUCGCGACUGGUCCCAGCUGGCCGUCAUGGUGGGCAAGGCCGUGCUCGACGAGAUCCUCGCCGAGAAGCAGCUCGAGGAGAAGCUGGAUGCAGUCCACUCCCAGCUUGAGCGCAUCCGCGAUCAGCUGGCCCAGGCGGCUGUGCCGCUGCCGCUGUUCGUGAUCACCAAGCAGCUGACGCGCGCGCCGCAGGAGUACGUGAACAGCGGCUCCCUGCCCCACGUGCAGGUGGCCCUGCGCAUGAACCGAGAGCGCAAUCGGCGCUACAAGAAGGGCGACAUGGUGGACUAUGUGAUCUGCGUGGAUGGCACCACCAAUGCGGCCAUGCAGCGCGCCUAUCACCUCGACGAGCUGAAGGGCAGCGAGACGCUGAAGCUGGACACGGGCUACUACUUGGGCCAUCAGAUCCAUCCCGUGGUCACGCGCAUGGUGGAGGUGCUGGAGGGCACCGAUGCCAGCCGCAUAGCCGAGUGCCUGGGCAUGGAUCCCACCAAAUACCGACAGAAUGCACAGCGCGCGCAGCGGGAGAUCAACGAGCAGGCGGAGGGCGAGUCGCUGCUGAAGACCACCCUGCAGCUGUAUCGACUGUGCGAGCCCUUCCGCUUCAAUUGUGUGACCUGCAAGAGCGAGCAGCUGAUGGCCAGCGCCUACCGGCCGGGCAACAACCAAUCGCAUGUGCCCGUGCUGCAGCAGUGCGCCAAGGCCGAGUGCCAGACCGCGCCGUUGCAGUAUCUGGUGAGCAUACGGAACCAGCUGCAGCUGGCCGUCCGCCGCUAUGUGCAGAGGUUCUACAGGAACUGGCUGGUGUGCGACCAUCCGUACUGCAACUACAACACGCGGACCCUCACGCUGAAGAAGAACCUGCGCCGGCCGCUGUGCCACAAGUGCAAGAGCGGCAGCAUGCUGCGCCAGUACACGGAGCGGGAUCUCUACAAUCAGCUCUGCUACCUGCGCUUCAUCUUUGACCUCAACAAGCAGCAGCUGCAACAGAAACCUGCCAUGACGCCCGAGCUGGAGCAGGGCUAUCAGCUGCUCUACGAGACUGUGGACCAGCACUUGCAGAGCUCCUCGUAUGUGGUCAUAUCGCUGCGGAAGCUCUUUGGCCGCACCCUGACACUGCUGGCGCUGCAACCGCCGCGGCCGCGACCCCACAACGAACUGAUCGCCAGCACUUUGGCAGAUGUCUAAGCAUUGCUCUAAGGAAUU